AGCAGUUGGCUAUGCCAGUAUACCAGGAUGAAGAUCAUGGGACUGAAAAGUGUCAACCUGCAGAAAGUUUAGGUAGCCUUCUGGAAUCAAACCCCUCCAUUUCUGCUUCCUCCUCCCCAGCACACAGGACUAACACUGAAACCAUUCUAACCAAAAGUCAGUCUCCCACAGGGGAAGAGGUAGCGCAGACCUCUCCGGGAGGAUACAUUAGAAAUACCAAGCUGAGAGAGUCUAAGGGCAAAAGCAAAGUCGCCAAAGGUAAGCUUAGGCAUUAGGUAAAGCAAUUACAUACUACAUAGAGUACAAAAUUAUCUUUAAUGUGAUUCAGUAAUAUUUAAAUUCAGCGGUAUUCGGUUGUUUAAACCAUAUCAUCUGCAAGACAAGGAAUAAAACUUUAAAAUACACUGGAAUAUUUAAUUUUGUUUAUUUAGAUGGAUGUAAGAGAGCACGGGACUUGGCUUACUAGAGAGUUAAGUAACAAAGCACAGGAGCCAGUCAAACUGGACCAAAAAAAUAAAAAAUAAAAAUUAACGCCCAAAUAGUGCAAAGAAAGUUUAGAACAGAGUACCUUUAUUUCCUCAUAGUAAAAUGGUUGGCUGGGACUGUAAAGCAGGGGGAAGCACAACCACAUUAAUGCAUGCACGUUUCAAUAUUUGUAUUAUUUUUUUAUGGUAUAGGUAGGACUAGAAUAGUAAAUGAUUGAAUACAGCAGUUUGGUGGAGGGUUUCUUUUUAGGUACGUUUUAAAAUGUAAUCUGUUUUGCUAGCUAAAUCACUUACAGAUGCCUAGAUUAGUAGUCAGAAACUGAACAUUUUGCAAUGUUUAACAGGCAAUUGUGGGCUAGAUGUUGUGAGAUGCUGCACAUAAGCAUGCUCGAUUAGGUACUAGGUAUGCCAUACCUAUACUUUAUUAUAAUGUGCAUAUGGCAUAAAAUGUUAAUGUAAAAAAAGUGUCAUACAUGUGCUAGCAUUUAUCUAGCGUGAUGUGAAGAUGUAAUGUUAUCUUCUACAAUGUUGUUGUUGUUUGCCCAACAAGUGCUUUUUAAAAACCUACUGUUGCCUCAUUGCACAAUCUUACAAGUUUGUUGCUUGUAAACUCAUGUGCAUGCACAGUUAUUGAACCCCAAGGAAAUAAAUACCUGGCACACGUGCCUCAAUGGGAAAACUUUAAGGAGGAUGGCAUUGCCUGUCACUCUAAAAUAUAUUGCACAUCUUAGCACAGUUUACACUUCAGCAGCAUUUACCAUGGUGAGUAAAAGUUACAAUCUGAAAGGUUCCUUUUUAGCUGCAAGUUUAAAGGGACACUAUAGUCACCAAAAUCACUUUAGCUUGAUGAAGCGGUUUUGGCAUAUAGCUCAUUCCUCUGAAGUUUCACUGCUCAAUUCUCUGCCAUUUAGGAGUUAAAUUACUUUUUUUUUUUUCUGUUUAUUCAGCCCUAACCACAGCUUCCCUGGCUGUGAAUCACAUAGCCUGCAUGAAAACAAAAUGGUUUCAUUUCAAUCAGAACUAGCUUACUUUAAAAAAUGUUUUAACUCCUGCUCUGUAAAUUGAAUUUUAGUAACACACAGGAAGCUCCUGCAGGGUCUAGCAAGCUAUUAACAGAGCAGGAGAUAAGAUAUUCUAAAUUAAACAUAAUUUGCAAUAAAGGAAAUGUACACAUUAGAUCUCUCUUUACAGGAAGUGUUUAGGAAGGCUGUGACUUGCAUAGGGAGGAGUGAAUAGGGCUGCAUAAACAAAGUGAUUUAACUUCUAAAUGGCAGAGAAUUGAGCCGUGAGACUGCAGGGACAUGAUUUAUACAGUAAAACGGCUUCAUCAAGUAUAUAAAGUUGUUUUGGUGACUUUAGUGUCCCUUUAAAUAUUCAAUGAAGUAAUUGUAGUAUAAUUGUAAAUACAAUGGUUUAAGAGAUGCACUUAGAUUUUACAAAUUUUUCUAAAAAGAACUCCUGAAUGUUUUCCACUUAUUUCACAGUCCCAAUACAUAUGCUGAUGUAUCCUGCAUUGCUUUUGCUGCUAAAAACCAGUUUGAGAUAUUUAAAAAGUUGUUUGCACUUUCUGGAAUCCAUGCAUGUUCUAUUCAUUGUCUGAAGAGGUCUUAACUCUCUUUAAUAUAGUGAAUGUGCGAUUAACAUACUUGUGUGCUCUUUUACAUUAAUUAAUGGAGUAUUCAAAAACUGUUUUAAACAUAGUUAAUAUGCUUUGAACACUUUUUUUUCUAGCAUUUCCUGCGUUGAGCUGCAGUCCUCAAUAUUUUGUGGCCAAUACCAGAAUUUGAUGGACUGUAUCUUCUAUAAUUGUCUGCUGCAUAUGGCUGAGAAAAUUAUUAGAACUGCAGUUCAACAAAUGUUAAGGCUCUCAUUUCCACUGCCCUUAGCCUAAAAAUGUACCAUCAUUACUUCCUACACAUAAUCUAAGUGAUGCGGAGGGUUACUGCAUAGUAAGAUGGGUUGGAAUUUACUUAUAAAAUAACUGUUGAAUGUUGUAAAAACGUUAACGAAACAUGAACAUUAUUUCAUAUCAAAUAAAAUAAAAUAUCUAAAGUUAAAUAGUGGCAAAAAUAUCACCCAGCUUUUAUUUUAGACACCCUUUGUAAAAUAAGAACCUCUUCCUAAGUCAUGUAUGAAAACCGAAAGUCAUAUUUUGUAUCUCAUAUUUUCCUAUAAUGCUUUAAGGAGGAAUUUCCUCCAGCAUAUCUGAAUUUAAAACACAAGUUUAGAUAUGCUGCUCGCAGUGUUCUCGUUCUGCAACAGAAGAGACCUCCUUGCUAAAUGAUUUGUGUACUGUUUGUGCAGAUGAGAAGAAAAAUGAUGACAAAGCGGGCGAGUCCAAUGAAAGCACUGGAAAGCACAAACGAAGAUUCCCUGACUUUGGGUAAAAACAUUUCCUUUUUUUUUUUUUUUUUUGCGCCUCCGGGCUCGUUGCAAAUGGAAUGUUAAUAUCAGAGAUUAUUAAUUUUAAUUGGUUAUGGACCGUGGUAUGAUCUGCUAUAGUUGAUUGGUUAUCUCAACAUUUACAAAUCUGCAUACAUUUUUGAACUUAUUUAAAAUGAUUUAUUUUAUUAUCAAACAAUUUAAUGUGUUUUUGUGCUUUGUAUAUUUACCACAGUCUUCUGAAAAGAGUAUUUUGAUUUACUAGACAUUUAUUGAAGGGAAACUAUAGUGCCAGGAAAACAAAGUUGUUUUCCUUUUACUAUAUCUCCCUAUAGUGCCCAACAUCAUUUACCUGACUGCAGCGCUGCUUUGCUCCUCCCCCGACGACGUCGGCCAGUGAGGGAGACCUAAUGUGCAUGCGUGGCAAUAGCGGCGCUCACAUUAGAAUUUCCCCCAUAGGAAAGUAUGUAUGUACAAUGCUUUCCUAUGGGGUUUCACAUGACACUGGAUGUCCUCAUGCAUAGCGUGAGGACGUCCAGCUUCAGGCGACCCAAAGUCCAGUAGACUGCCACUAGAGGUGGAGUUAACCUUCAAAGGUAAUUAUUGCAGUUUAUGAAAAAAAUGCAAUAAUUACUUUUGCAAGGUUAAGGGACCUGGCACUAUGCACACAGACCACUUCAAUGCGCUGAAGUAGUCUGGGUGCCUAUAGUGUCCCUCAAAGACAACGUAAUCUGUUUAAAAAUGUUAUGGGUUUUGUUUAGUUUUUUGAUGAAAAUCUACAUAGGCUGUGAGUAUCAAAAACACAUGUUACCAUGACAAUGUCCCAAAAUGAAGGUUAGAGGAUUGGAAAAAAAAGUCUUUUCUACCCUAGUAUAGGCAGUGUUUCAGCAUUUUGGAAUAUUGUUCUACUUUCUAAAACUGCUAGGGCUGUGAUUGACAUAAGUACAGAUUCUGUCUGUGGUAACUUGAUUUUUAUACAUUCCAAAUAAUUUUUUUUAAUUUUUUUUUAUUUUAUUAGAGGAUUGCGGAAGUCUGGAGGCAAGGGCAAAAAACAUGAUCGAGAGACUCGAAGUUCAUUGGAUAGCCGGUAAAACAGUACAGCCAACAAAUUGAAAAUGAAAAGGAUUUCUUGGCUUCUACACUUGUAGUAUUGUACACUUGUUCUAGAAUACUGGCAGAAAUUCAUAAAAGUUUCUCUGUAAUGUUGCCGGUUAAUUUUUGCUGAAGAAAUCCUUGCAGAUCUUUCUUGUAAACCGUUUCAAAUUAAACAAGGCAACAUUAUUUUUUAACAAAGAACCUGUUCUCCAUACACUGUAAGCGCAUCACCUUGAAGUGGUGGUGUUGAUAGGUUAAGCAAACAGUACUUUACCAAUUUCUUCUCUCUCUUUAACUGUUCUGAGUACUGAAAGAUCUAUCAGAUAGCACAAUAAUAUUCUCCAUUUCCUGCACAGAAUUUGUGUCAAAUGUCAAGACUGUUUUGAUGAUAAUCACAUUAAUAAUUGAAAUACCUGAAUUGACUUUUUUGUAAUAUAAAUUUCUUUGCUUGAUUUCUAUUUUUACCUAUUUAUACAGUGGUUCUAGAGAUCUUCUUGAGGAUCCUGGCAAUCAGUCCCUGUCCGAUUCAGAUUCACCGGUACCCACUUGCAUGCCUUUCUCUUGGUUUGGAGAGAGCCACAAAGAAUCUGGCAGCUUCACCUUCCCGCAGAGUGGGCCUGAAAAUUAUGUUGAGCAAGGGCAAGAAAGAAGUAGAAAUAAGGUGAAACUUUACAAAAGAAACACUGCAUUAAAAUCUUUGUACAUGUACAGUCAAUCAGGACAGAUGUAUCUAUUUUUAACAAAUACUGACUGUUACAGUUUUCCCCUACAUUUUUGUAAUGUGUGAAGAGUGCACAUGAGGGCAUAUAUUCAUGCAGCAGUAAUGGCUAAUCUGAACAUUGCAGGUGGUGGAAUGCAUUUAUGACCACUUGUGGAAAAUGGAAAUGUAAUCCACAAACAUCUGCCGUGCUUGUAGUAAAGAAUUUAAACAUAUGGCCAGUAAUUUUUUUUUUUUUCUGUUGCCUGUAAAUAAUUUACCAUAUUGGUGGAACUUGCAGAUGGUCAUGUCCUCUUAUCUACCUGUUGACGUUGCGAGAUAGUAGACUACUUACUUCAUUUUCAUCUGUUUCUGCACAUUCCCCUCGCCUAAUGCAUGAGAGGAUACUGGACAGCUAGGAUGCAGAUGUCAUCAAAACGGAAAGGAAGUAGAGGCAGUAAAGAUUCACGGUAGUGUCUUAUAGUAUCCAGGAAAUAAUGGCAAUAACUCGCUAUUUCAUUAACGUAGAGAGAAAAUCACGCAGUUUGGUGUUAAUAAAUAUUUACAAAUUGAAAAUGGAACAGAUCUUAAUGAAUUUUGUCUGUUGGUGCGAAAUAUCUGCACUAUAUAAACACAUCCACUGCCUUCGAGUGUUUCUGCUUCUGUGUGGCGAUGUAGCUAUGCAAUGGUGGACUUGGUGUUCCAUCCAAAGGAUAUGUAACAAUAUUCUGCCUUGCAUUGGUAAAUCAAGCUGGGGGUUUUUGAAAAUCCUCAAAAAUUAGUAUCUCACAGCAUAAACAGAUUGCUUGGCACCAGAUUAUUUAUUCAAAUGUGAGACCAAAAUAGCCAAAGUGACAGCAUAUCUGGCUGGAGAACUCUUGGGAAUUCCGCUAUGUUGGCUUUAAAUUUUGAAUCCACUUUGAUUUCCUGACAAUUCUCACUUAAGUUAUUACUCUGCUUGUAACUAUUACAGGGAUUAUUACAAACAUCAAAGCUGUUGGCGAAAAUAGCCAAGCUGUAAAAAAUACUCACCAAGUCUGUGUGCUGCCUGUCUGGCUAUUAUUAACCUUAAAUUUAAAAUUCACUUUGAAUUCCUGACAAUUCUUACAAUAGUGAAUAACCACGUUAAGGUUUAAAUGUGUAUAGAUUUACAUAUUCUGAUUUUAACUUAAUCAAUAGUUUCCUUUCCUCUACAAAAUGAGUUUCGAAAUGCAAAAGACAAGUCUUGGGUGGGAACUAUGUAAAGCGUUGGUAGUAACUUAUGGGUUGUAAAGAUAGAAUCUUAAGGCAAAGAAACGAAUGUGUCUUAUGGACAAGACAUUUUUUUAUUUUAUUUUUUACUUUUGCAUAGUGCCUUAGAAUGGCACUUCAUGCAUAUUCUGCCACACUUUGCCAUUUUUCUUGCGAAGUGCAAAACACCAUGCAUCUUCUUGCUCAAUGCAAAAUUAAAGUAAGUGUCAUGUAAUUGUGCUUGAGCAUGAUCAUUUAUGGGGCGAUUCAGUCUUGAAUUAUGUUCCCCACACACUCCAUUUAUACAAACUUGUGCAAGCAUGCGAGUACAUAAGUGACGCAGCACCAGAAAGUUACCAGGAGUUGAAUACUAGGUCGACAAAUAUGAUGCGAACAGCUCAUUGUAGUGCUUAUUGUGCAAAGAGGCCAUGCGAGCUGCACCAUUUUUGGGAUGGCGAGGGGGGGGGGGGGUUGUAUUGGGUUUGGUAAGACUCUUCUCAGCACCCAUAGUUAGCCCCACUCUUGUAUUAACCGUAACUUUUCCAUCCAACAUAGGUAAUGGUAAUUAGCCAAGAGUACUGGAAUCAUUUAAUCUAGUGUUCCUAGCCUCUUACCUGCCAACCAGGUUGCAGAAUUGAUCUUCGUAAUGUGAAAAUGUAAAUUCAAAUUCACCCGUAUCCUCUAUGUAUCAUAACUACUGUAGUUAUGGUGUUUAGACUAACCCUUCAAUGUUUUAAAAUGUAAUUAAGCAGGUUUGUGCAAUGUAUUGCUGUAUGCAUUAAAAAAUGCACUAAAGCCAGAGCCUUAAUAUUAGUUCUGUCUCUCACGCAUGCUCGACAGGAUUUAACAUUAACACACUGCAAUUUAAUUCUAACUUCUUGCUGUUUGUUUGGCUACAUGCAUUAAUUAUCUCUUUGUAGAUUUGUGAACUGAAACCAAGUCAUUUGGUUUAAAAAUCCUUGACGAAUAGUCAUGCAAAACAUACCUCUAAUUUUCACGUGUUACAUAAUUAUUAGCUUAGCAGCUAAUUGAAAUGAUCAUUGCAUUCCUUUAGGACUAUUCUAGGUGGCAAGUCUGUGAAUACCACAAACAUUGUACAAUUAAUAAGAUAUAUUUAGGAAAGAGAAGUAACAUGAUUCUGUAUUGAAUGCCAUUGUGCUACUUAAUUUACAAAUGUUUAUAUUGCAGGAAAAACUAGGAAAGAAUGGUUUCUCUCUGUGUUGUGUCUAGAGGUUUAAUUUUGUAUUCCAAAUAUUACUUUUCAAUGUACUAAUGUUUAAAAAAAACACAUUACGUGGCGUAAGUACUACUGCAUUAACUCCAGCUGCUGUGGACUACAGCUCCCAUGGUGCCAAACAUGUGGUGCUAGCCCACGGUUUUAGAACAUGCCACACACAAACCUCUAUUUGAGGAAGUUGCUCAACAAAGGGAAGGAACUCUUUGUAAAAACUGACAGGAAAUCAUAUAUGUUAAAGAAAAAUGAUGGGAUUGCUUGUUAUGCUGAUUCUAGGAAUACACUUCUAUGGAAAAAAGGUGAUGGGUUUUAUCACUUUUGUUUUCUGAACAUGUUCCUUUUAUUUAUCCAACUAAAAUUUGAGUAAUAUCCUUGUUGUUUCUUAUCAAUGCUGUUUGACUUUAACCGUCAACAAUAUAAUUUGGCUGCCAACCUUCUCUUUGGUGUUCCAAACCUACCUGCUGCACAGUCCAGAUGUCAAACCCACUCUCACGUAUCAUGAAGACGCCUGGAGAUCAAACACAAACAGAUUUUGGAUGUUGUCAUAAUCUUGUUGAGUAUAGUUAAUACAGUCUUAUUUCUACUUGUUUUCAGAGUAGACUUGUCAUAGAUGAUUCAUACAGUUACAAGCUAUGCUCUGAUCUGUCAGGGUUAGUGACAGAGCCCACUCUGUCAGGGCGUUCACAUACUUUCACCUUCUCUUCAAAUGAGGUGAGUUUCCCAGUGUGUACAUGGUGUCUCGUUGGUGUUCUGUGUACUAGCUCAUCAGAAGCAUGUCUGUUUUGCUGUGUUAAUCCUGACAGAUAUGCCUGCCCCCUUGUGGCUUAAAAAAAUAUUUAGUUUUACCACAAAUACAUGGUAAUGCUAACUCUUCCAUUACAGUCACUUCGACAAGCAGUCAUGGACUAGACCCUUAGCCAUGGCUACAUAUUGCCAAAAUGUUGAAUGUUUAAUGUAUAUUAACCUGAAACCAUAACCUGUAAACAUGUCAACUCUGCUUAAUACCAACACUGCACAUACUUUUCAAUCAUUUGUAAAUACCGUAAAGAGUCUUUUAGUUAUGAUAGUUAAUUUUUUUUAUCAGUUUAAUUUUUAAAAAAAAAUUCUAACUAUCACACUGCAAGCUAAAUAUAAGAACCUACCUGCCAACAAACAAACAUAGGCUGUUUGUAAUUUUUAGUGUAGCCACACCCUGGAUUAUUAGUGAAUUUGGUAUUAUGGUAAAACAAAUUGUGGUACAAGUAAAACAAAUUGUUUGAUGGUGUGUCGAGUUAGCGUGCAUGUAUUCUGCAUGGCCUUUUCUGCCUUUGUGCAGUGUGUAUGUGUGUUUUAAUAUUUCCAUUUCUGAUCUAUGCUGUAGUAUCGUGUUGAUAUUGUAGCUGUGGAAGUUUAUUUGUUUUUUUUCUUAAUUUUGUAUGUCAUUAUUCAUGUUUUCUCAGUGAAGUGACAGAACAAAUAAUCUGAUAUAAAGUAAUGGCUUUCCAGUUUUAUUUACGCAACUUACUGAUUUUUCUGUAUACCAUACAUGCAUAAUAACUUUUAAAUCCAUCUCAUUCAAGUGGUCUGUCCACUUGCCUAUUGUAGAAUUAUUAUACAUGUUAGCCUGGAUUAAUAAAGUUACAUUAUUAGGUUUUGGAGCCUUUUAGCUAUUAGACCUGUUGGAUAUAAAUUAAAGUAUGGGACUUUGUGUAUGUACCUAGCUCUUCUCAGGUUGAGGUUUAAGUGCUCCAUGGUGUGUGUGAUAAAGGUCAGUGGGUAGACUUCUAGCUGAAGUUAUCUGAGUUACAAGUUGGGUUUAUGGUAUGUCCACCUCCACCUUAAAUCACAUAAUAAAAUCUAGACCUCCACAAAAAGCUUAAAGGGACACUCCAGUCCCCUAAAGUUAGUUGAUUUGAACUAUGUUAGUGGCAGUAACCUAAAUAAUUUAAGUAAUACUACAGUUAAAAAGAUAUAUAUGAAACAGGGGGGGGGUUGGCUGCACAAAGGACCUGCCAAAGAUGGGGUACAUUGAUGUUGUGGCAGGCUUAUGCAAUGUAUGAUCAUAUAAUGUAACUAAACCCCCAUUAUUUUUGCCUAGAUUAGGUGUUUUUAAAAAAACUAAUAAAAUCUUUCAACAUUGAAGUUGCUGUUUAGUGGAUAGGUGAGUGCGCUGGAUCUUGUGUAUUUUUUUUAUAUAUAUAUAUAUAUAUAUAUAUAUAUAUAUAUAUAUAUAAUAUUUAUUUUUAAUAUGGACUUUACUUACGUUAAUAAAUCGAGCUAUAGAAUUAAGAUAAUCAGUAACACCCGUAGGAAAAUAUCUUGGGGUACUCUGUUCAGCUUUGCUUUCUUUAGAAAAUAUGAAUUUCUAUUCAUACUCAAAUCUGAUUGAAAGAUACCUCUAGCAAUAUAUAACAAAAUGUAUACAUUUCCAUUGGCAUCUAGACCAGAGGUUGUACUUGAAACUUGUGACAAGGUAAAUGUAUCCUUACUGGUAAAAUAGUUUGACUGUUUCUCAUAAGACAGAGUUUUAUAUUCUUGUCCAUUUGGUGAAGCAACUCUUGCCCUGUAAGUUUGGCAACAGUUUUGUGAUGAAGGCACCAUUGAAACUGUUUACAAAAUCAUUUUCUUAUGAAUUUUUCAUUACAAAUAGCAGUGAUGGUGGACCUGUUUGAGUCAGUCCCCAAACUGCAACUGGAAAAUGAAAUAGUCUGUACAAAAAAUAAAAAAUCAAUAAAGAAUUAACACACACACACCAAUAAAAUACAACACCAAACAAGUUUUCUGCAUAGAACCAGCUAAAAAAAUGUUAGGAGCCAGUUUUUUAAAAACGCAUAAAGCUUUAUUUUCAACAAAAAAAAUAAAAUUCUCAAAGAAACACUAUAGUCACCAGGACCACUGCAGCUUAAUGUCAUGGUUCUGGUGUCUAGCCCGUCCCUGCAGGCUUUUUAAUGUCAAAGGAAAGCGAACCCAAUAAGUGGAAAGGGAGACAGGAACAUUUAUAUAAAAAUAAAACUUUAUUCUAAAUAAUAUACAAGGCAAAUAAAAAUAUACAUAAAUGAGUAUGUGUGUACAUAUCCUAUAAAAGAAUGUCGCUAGACACAAAAUCUAAAAACAUAUGUCUCUAAAACUAAAAAUAAAUUUAAGAAUCUUGGAGACUACCUCUGCUUGAUAGAGAUAGUAAAUCUGACCUGAAAAAAAGUGAGGCUGGAGACACUCCAUAAACGGCCAGCUGAUGUGUUGAAUAGUCUGAAAAAAUCCAAAGGAUCCCUUGAAACAAUGUACUUAGUACUUAACGUGGAUAAUCGCAGGUGGUCUUCCUGAGGAUUUUAUGAUCCUUACUAUUUGUUGUAGUAUGUCAAUCCCAUAAGAUGUGGGUGUCCUGUCACUUCAGUGUCUCUCCUGUUUGCGCGCGUCUGAUUACAGGAGGAUCGGCUUUUUAAUGUAAACACAGCCUUUUCAGAGAAAAGACAGUGUUUACAUUGCUGCCUAGUGAUACCUCUAGUGGCAGUUACUCAGACAGCUACUUAAGUACUUCCUAUCUCAGUGCUGCACAGUAUGCAGCGCCUCCAUGCCCUUUAUGGUGCUGAAGUUCCCUAUAGAGAUGCAUUGAUUGAAUGCAUUUCUAUGAGGAGAUGCUGGUUGGCGCUGCGUUUUGCAGCGCAGGGACAAUAGCUUCUCAGUGCUUUCCUUUGCGAAAAAGCAAUGGAUUGGCAAAGACUAUCAAGCGAGAUUAUCUCGGCCAUAGAGGUGGGGCCAGCCAAAGGGAGGCCGGUACGGUGUGGAAAAACAAGGUAAGUAUAAACGCCAUUCCCAUGUGAUCGGAGGGGGGCUGGUCACCUAAACACACACAAUUACACAUACACUGACAGAUACACACAAACACAUUACUUGUUUUAAUGCAAUUCUAUUCCACCCAGCCUCCCUACCUUUGGGAGAACUGGAGUGGAUCUGUUUUCCCUUGGGUUCAUUGGGCGGUCGGCUGGAGGACAGAGAAAGUGGGGGGCAGUUGAGGUGGUUGGGUGGGCGGUCACUAAGAGACACAAGAAGAAGCAGAGCUGGAAGAUCACAGCUCACUCGCCAUUCGCAUACAGAGUGCAGAGACAGCCGCCUAACUCCCUGGUGCCUGGGAUUUGUUGAGCCCUGGUGUAAGCUAUGGAAAAAAACAUUAGAUGAUCUGGAACGAAAGUUUACCUUGAUCAUUCCCUGUCCUGGAAUAUUUUGGGUUCAUUGUAAGUUUUUUUUAGAUAGAAAAGGACCCAUUUUUAUCAGUUGAUCAUCACUACAAUAUGCUUAAAUCUUGUAGUAUAUUGUAUGCAAUAUUGCACUGUAUCAGAAGCUAUUGGUCUCUUUUGAAUUUAUGGCUGAGAGUUUGAGUAAGUGCUAGCAUGUUCUUACUAUAGAAAGUACAAACAUUGGUUUCGUGUAAUUUUGUGUAUCCAGAAUGGCAAUAAUAAUUCUUUACGUAGGUUUAAUUUACAGUACUCGGCAAGCAUUAAUACAAGAUAAUUAUACAUGUUUUACGUUUUAUAAUAUUGUCUGUUUGGUAACUAACUAUAUUCCGGCCUGUUUUCAGUCAUCUCUAGCUUUUGUGGUUUUAAAUGCUUUGUGGAAGCAUUCCAUAAUAAAUUCAUAUCUUGGCCUAAUAUAAUAGGUUCCUGUGUGUAUAACAUUGUCAUUUUGUUAUUCCGUUUUCUCAUGGUACUUUAGCUGUAAUUCUUCCAGUUUCCAUAAACACUAAUCUAAAUAGCUGUGGCCCCCAUUAUAGAGAAUUCCAAACAUGCUGUAUGCAUCUAACUUAGGUUGUCUUUACAGGUACUUGAUGAUGAUGCCAGCACAACUGGGAAACAAAAUCAGUGGCAUAAUAGACCUGUAUGUGACUGGACUGCUCAACAAGUGUGCCACUGGCUAAUAGGAAUGAACAUGGAACAAUAUAUCACAGAGUUUACAGCCAAAAACGUAGAUGGGCAGCAAUUAAUGUUGCUGGACAGUGACAGAUUGAAGGUACUGUUAAAUGAAAAUUUGAAAAUAAUGAAUUAUUUAUUAAUGAAGCUUUAGAAAGUAAAACCUAAAUUAAUGGUAAUUUAGCUUAGAACCAGAAGUGUGUUUUUGAAUGUGGGCGCAGGGGAUGCCUGGAUUAGCCAUACUUGAAAUGAAUGUAUUUACUUUUUUUCUUUCAUUCUUCUCUUCCUUCCUUUCCUUCCUUUCUUUUUUUUCUUCUGCUUUUUUCUUUUUCUUUUUUCUUUCCGUCCUUCCUUUUCCAUUUUUUGGUUUGUUUUUUGUUUUUACAUGCAGCAUUUUAUACUGCACUGAUAACUAUAACAGAAUAUGGAACUGGCUUUGUUCUAACAAUGGCUUGUCCUGAAACAUGACCUCAUAUCGGCAAAUCCGAAUGAGCGAUUUUAAUCCUAGGUGUUGAGCUCCUCAAAGAACAAUUUACAUAGCUAGAACAACGAACCACAUAUUUUGAACAAAUCUAUGAUAAGCAAGGUAAACACAUCAACAAAAAUGUUGAUCUUUAAUAAUUGAGGAAAUCGGCCCAGUUCUGGAGCUGAAUCUGCAUCAAAGGCCCGACAAAAAAAAAACUAUUUUAGCAAACAGUCUUAUCUGUGACUUUGGACAUUAGGAGAACAAAUAAGGAAUCCAUCUUCUAUUUGUAUAUUAAACCUGAUCAAGCCCUAUUGUUUUUUUUUUUUGUUUUUUUUACAUAAUUUUUAUUCAAGUUUUAUAGAGCUUUUUAUACAUAAAUAGUUGGCUCGUCCAACUAAAGCUGGAUGUGAGAUAUAGAUAUGUAUAGAUAUAUCGUAAACUAUAACGCAUACGUAAAACUAAUGUAUUAUAGUUCCACCUGCUGGUGAAAUACAGCUUCAUACCAAUGCAUUGCUGAAUUUUUUUUUUGUUAUAGAGAGCAUCAGAGCUAAUUAACUUUAGGUAAUUUAAUCUAUUCUGUCAUUACUUUAUUUAGCAAACAAUUCAUUGAGGUGAUCUAAGAAAGGGAAUUCUUGAUUUACCCAUAUGGUUUUAUAGCUACAGAACAGUACUUUUGUUUUGAAGAUUCUUUAGUCUACUCAUAUGCUUGCCUACAUUUAGCAAAUUACUAAAAACAAAAUGAAUUAAAAAAAAAAAAAAAAAUGACUCAAAAAAUUGAACAUUGUAGAGGUUAAAUCUUUUUAAAUGAGUUAGAUGUUGCAUCAUACUAAAUGGUGCUGAGCUUGUAUGAUCAAGAUUUUAUUUAAUAUAUAUUCAGUUUUUAGCCAUUUGGAGCCUACAUUUUGCAAUUCCCUUUUUUAUUUUCUUCAACUUUUUUGAAGUAUAAACCAUUUAUACAAGGGUGAGUUACAGUGAAUUGACAAAUGACAAAGUGUUAUAAUUCUGCAUUUUUUGGCCUAGAUCUUGGAAAUCAGUUCAUUCAGCACAGUUAAUUGUUCUAUUAAACAAAACCUAAUUAAUUGUCCACUAUCAAACGCAGAGGAGAUUGGUGCAGAUUAUACUGGGAUGAGUUUUAAUUUUCUUUUUUUUGUUUUUGUUUUCUAAGGCACUGGGUGUUUCAAGUCAGACUGAUCGAGCCACAAUCAAAAAGAAAAUUAAGGAAAUCAAGAGAGCACAAGAAAAACUGGAAAAACAAAAGGAGAAGUUUUCUAAAAAAGAAAUACAAAAACGGAGUGGCAAAGUAGUUGGUACUGUGGAGUCAAACUGCUGAGUCUUCCACACGUAUCUGUAUAUAUGUGUACAAUUAAACACUAUUGGACAUUAACAUUUAUAGGCUUACAUUACUGUAGAAUCUGCUACCAAAAGAGAUUAUCUAUUUCCAAGGAUCAUAUUUCAGUAGUGUAUUAAACAAUAGUUAUUAUAUUUCUACUGAUUCAUUAAAACCUGUCCGUCUCUAGAAUUAUAUAUUCUAAAAACAUUCAAACCUUUGUUCUACAACCACUAAUAUAGCUUGAUUGUGUUUUUUGUUUCAAUUUUAGCAUAAAUGGAUUAAUAGGACUUUUUUUUUUCUCUCUCCUGAUUUCCUUGAUGACACCACUGGUCUGUUAGAAGGAUUUCUGUCACAUUAAGACCUUUACAUGUUGAUUUAUGCUGGGAAGUGGUGAUCAUUUUUAUCAUGAUCCAUACCUUAACCACUUCGAUGGCUAGCUUGUAAAUCAGAAUGGACAGCUGCUAUGUGGAUCGAGCCUUGUUACAUUGCAAGGUCAACUACAAAACACUAUGAAAUGUUCAACUGUGUUAAAGUCAUCUAAAUGUUGCUGAAUCGGAAAAUGGAAUGGUGAACAUUCAAUCCUUAACAUGAUUUCAUUACAUCGUGAAAGUCUCUUUGUAGAGUUACCAUCUGGCUUUCUCUCUGUUGUGGACUAUGAUUUCUAACAGGUGUAAAAAGCUACAUUGGCUGGCUGAAUGUCAUGAGAACUAUAGUGCAACAACUGACGAGACAAAAGUUAGCCAUCCAUUCUUGCAGUGGAGAUUCCAAAAAUAAGCAACACUAAGAAUCACAAGUUUGGCCAAUGUAUGAUCCAAGAUUUUUUUUUUGUUUAAUUUCCUUUGCCUAAUUUUAGAAGAGCCUUAACCUUCAUUAUGUCAUUGCCUUCCCUUUCUGGGCACUUUACCUUGGAUACCUUUUUAAUGCUACACUAAGGUUUCGGUUCUUGAAGGGUCCGAUAGGAAUAUUCAUUCAGAGUCUUUGUAAAGGUGCAGCAGUAUAUAUAUAUAGUUUUGCUAAAUGUUAAACUAAUCUAAUCACAUUAAAUAAAUUGUUGGAUGUAACUAUGGUACAUACGAGGGAACAAAGUCCUGCAGCUAAAUUGUGUUUGUGGUACGCCACUUGUUUGCAAUGUUUAACCUCUUGAGUGCAAGAGAGAGAAAGUGGAAUAAAGUGAUGUAGUACAAUUGUUGAAUGCAUUAGAGAGUUUGCUGAAAGUACUUUUUUUUUUUCUUUAUAUAUAUUACUGUGCAUUUUACCCGUUUGAUUUAUCUGUAAUUUAACAACCACUAUCGUAUGUUUCAGAGAGUCAAGAGAUGCAUUUGAAAGAGCUGCACUGCUCAUCUGAGCAUUAAAGGGCUAUAGGAAAACCAAUGCUUUGAAUACUCCAAGACCUGUAAAUGGAUUGUGCUUUGCCUUAAAUGACAAAGCAGUGCAGUAAUACUAGUAAAAUGUCACUAGUGGGAAUCAGAACAGUGUUUGUGAAUAACCAUUUUAUAUAUUUGCAAAGAGUACUUACAAUUUUGUACUGAUUUGAUUAUAUAAAUAUUGGACACACAGAUGUAUUUUUCUUUUUUUAUGGCUAGUGGUUAUAAAAAAAUGACAUAUCUAAUACAGGGUGAGUAAAGCUCCGCUGUCUUAUAUAUGCUAGUUAUAGGUUUCUUAACUAAAUGGUGAUUUGUAGUAAAUUCAAAAACCUGAAUUGACAAAAUUUAGGCCAAAAUAGUCAGUUUUGAGGAGAAAAACCACACAUAAAAAUUCCUUUGGAGUUAUUACAGUCUUGCUAUUUUAGUCUAAAUUUUGCAAUUUAGUUUAUUUAAAUUCACAGCAAUUCAUCAUAUUGUGAAUAAACCUAUUGUCUUCAUUACAGAGGAGCUAAUUUUUUAGGUACAGGGCAAGCAGAGUUGUAAAAUGUAUGUUAUGAACUUUUAACUGUUAAAAGUGGUUAUGUCUGUGUAUACAGAAAAUUUAAAUAACACUUGUUUGUGGAGGGCUCUGCAUUUUGUUGAUUGUGGACCAAUUUCCUCCUUCCACUGUCUACUUACACUAAAUUGAGUCCUGUUAAAAAAAAAAAUCAUGAAAUCACUUAGAUUUUGUAAAGAAAAGGUGUUUUAUAUAAUAAAACUGACCAAUUUUCUGA